AAACCCUUCGUCCUUCAUCCUGUGGCUGAGCAGUAGUUGGGAAGACCAUGUCAGGGCUGAAUACAGAUUAAGUUGGCCUCUUCUAUCCUAAGUUUCUGCUCAGGGGCCCCUACCAAUGCCCCCCAGGAAACCCAAACUUAGCAGUUAGUGUGGGCUUCACCCCAUUGUCCAUUUCCCAGGGUCCAGCAGGCCUUGUGCCCACAGCCAGUGUAACAUCACAGGGGCCUUGGUGAUGCCUUUUCAGAGGACUGGGCCAGCAGGGAUGUCAGCUGGGAACUGGGAGGGGUGUCUUGGCCUGAAACCAAGAACCAAGAUGGAGUUGGCCGCGAGUGUACCUACCCUCCACUCUCUCUCUCUCCUAUCUCCUAUCCCUACUCCCUCACCCAGUUCAGUUUAGUCCCUCCCCAUCCCUGGUCAUCUGUGUGUAAAUCGGGAAGGAGGGGCCACCAGGGGCAGGGAAGGGAGGGACCGUUGGGAUUAUAAAUUCUAAAAAGGCCUCACAACUCCUGCCUGGGAGCGGGAGCUGGGUGCCCGAAAACCUCUGUCCGCUGCUGCCCUCACUACCAUUCUCGGGACCCUCAUCAUGAAAGGUCUUCUGCUGCUCACCCUGUCUGCUCUGCUCUGCCGGGUCUCAGCUGACAUUCGCUGUCACUCCUGCUACAAAGUCCCUGUGCUGGGCUGCGUGGACCGGCAGUCCUGUCGCCUGGAACCGGGACAACAGUGCCUGACAACAAAUGUGUACCUCGGUAAGAUGUGGGUUUUCUCCAACCUUCGAUGUGGCACACCAGAAGAGCCUUGUCGGGAGACCUUCAACCAAACCAACCACAAGCUGGGUCUGAUCUAUAAUACCACCUGUUGCAGCAAGGACAACUGCAAUAGCCCAGCCCCUCGGCCCACCCCGGCCCUGACCCUUGUCCUCCUCACCUCUUUGGCUGGCCUUGGCCUCUGGCUGCUUCACUAAGACUCACUCCCUGGCUGCCCCUCCUUGGCUACCUUGAGCUUAGCCGAGUCUCCCUGUCCCCGGGUUCCCCAUACUCGUCUCUCCUUAACUCCCUUUGCUCAGAAAAGCAUUUCUCCAGGCUCUUCACAUUUCUUUAAUUAAGCAGUGGGCUCCUCACCCAUCCUUCCACCUUCCAUACUCCACUCACCUUUUCCUGAAUCCCUUCCCAUAUCCCUCCAGACCAUUCCAAAUCUCCCACUCGUCGCCAGAAGAGCUCCUUGCUUUGCCUCCUACACUCCACCAUGCCGACUAGGGGAGGGAUGGGGAUCUGGGCCUGAAAUGGGGCUUCUGUCCUGUCCCCCACAAAGGCUCCCAGGAAGGACCCGAUGACCUCACUGUAUGGGGUUGAUUCCCUAAACCCUGGUCCCUGUACAUACCUCAUCCUCAUGCUCACCUCUUUCCAUUUUGAGUAAUAAAUGUCUGUGUCUGAUUAA